AUGGCAGCCACAGACUUUGAGGAGGAGAUCCGCUCUGUGACUGAGAGGCUGCUGCUGAAACUUCGAGGACUGCCCCAGGCUGAUCCCGUGGAGGUUGUGGCCUUCUCUAUCAUCAUUCUUUUCACAGCUACAGUCCUGCUGCUGAUGCUACUAGCCUGCAGCUACUGCUGUGUGCACUGCUGUUGCCCUGAGAGGAGAGCCAGGAAGGUCGCCGUGAUGACAAUAAGAACCAGAUGAGAGACAACAGUGAGAUGCCCAAAAGAGGAACUGGACAGGAGCCUUCCAGAACUGUGACACAGGCUGUCAUUCUGGCCACUUCACUCCUCCAGACAGACCACCUGGCCUCAGUUACAGCACUGCCCAGGUGGCAGGGCAGACACCUGGAACCUUAUCAAGGAAACAAGCAAGCACUGCUCAGUCUGCUGGGGGGCAGCAGUGCUCAGGAGGAGCCGGCUGUUUCAAAGACUCAGGAAACCACUGGGGUCUUCAGCUAAGCUGUACCUCUUAGGAGCCCCUACUUUAGUUGUGGGGAGCUGGCCCUUGGGGCUCUGCUGAUUUAUGCCAAAGAGAAGUAAG